GGACUCGUCCCGUCGACAAGCUUCACAGUCAACCCAAGCUGAAAGCCCUUUGCCCCGCGGUGCCGGCCCCUGUGUUCCUCUUGUCGCAGCGACGACCUUCCUCCGUCAGCGCCCAACCCCGCCAACAUGCCCACUAUAUCCGUGGAUAAAGCCGCUUUGUUCAAGGCGCUAGGUCAAGAGUAUACGACAGAGCAGUUCGACGAGCUGUGCUUCGAAUUUGGUCUUGAAUUGGACGAAGAUACCUCGAACUCUGAGCGGCCAAUUGUCAAUGGAGUCCAAGAACCCCCUCAGCUAAAACUUGACAUCCCCGCGAACCGCUAUGACCUCCUAUGCUUUGAAGGCAUCGCUUUGAUGCUAAAUAUUUUCCAAGGCAAGACCGUAUUACCUAACUACCGGCUCGUGACACCACCGAACGGUGCGCUGCAGACAAUUGUAGUAAAGAAAGAAACUGCGAAUAUUCGGCCGUAUAUCUCGGGAGCGGUGUUGCGGAAUAUCCACUUCGACAAAGCCCGCUAUGACUCUUUCAUUGCUCUACAGGACAAACUGCACCAGAACCUUGCGCGGCAGCGGACGUUGGUGUCCAUUGGUACCCAUGAUCUUGACAAGCUGCAGGGGCCCUUCAGCUACGAAGCUCUUCCCCCGAAGGACAUAAACUUUGUGCCCUUGAACCAAAAGACAUCCAUGAAUGGGGAGGAGUUGAUGAACUUUUAUGAGAAAGAUAAACACUUGGGCAAAUUCCUCCAUAUUAUCCGCGACUCCCCUGUAUAUCCGAUUAUCUAUGAUUCAAAUAGAACAGUAUGUUCGCUGCCUCCAAUUAUCAACGGCGACCACUCCAAAAUUACCUUGGACACACGGAAUGUCUUCAUGGAGAUCACCGCUACAGAUAAGACCAAGGUUGAAGUUGUGAAUAACAUCAUGGUUGCAAUGUUCUCCCAAUAUACGUCAGAGCCGUUCACGAUCGAACCUAUCCAGGUUGUAUCCGAGCACAACAAUGAAACUCGUCAAGUUCCCAACAUUAAACCACGUUUAACUCAAGCGAGCAUUUCAUACAUUAACCAGUGCUGUGGUCUAAAUCUCUCUGCACAAGAGAUCUGCGACCUCCUAAAGAAAAUGGCAUAUAUCGCGAAACAUUCCAAAUCAUCAGCAGACCUCAUCGACGUCGAAGUACCCAUUACUCGUGCAGAUGUGCUCCAUGAAGCGGACAUUAUGGAGGAUGUCGCUAUAGCCUAUGGUUUCAACGAGUUGCCAAGAUCAUUCCCUAGCAAAUCCGGAACGAUUGCCCAACCCCUGCCUGUAAACAAACUGACAGAUAUCAUUCGGACCGAGGCUGCCAUGGCAGGAUGGUCCGAAGUCAUGCCGUUAAUUCUUUGCUCCCAUGACGAGAAUUUCGCGUGGUUAAAUCGCAAGGAUGAUGGCAAUACUGCAGUGAAGCUUGCAAACCCCAAGACCGUGGAGUUCCAGGUGGUUCGGACCAGCCUUCUUCCGGGACUUUUAAAAACCAUCCGCGAGAAUAAAAGCCACACCGUGCCAAUGAGAAUCUUUGAAGUAAGCGAUGUGGCCUUCAAAGAUAUGACACUUGAACGCAAGAGUCGAAACGAGAGACAUUUCGCUGCUGCUUGGUACGGAAGGACUAGUGGCUUUGAGGUUGUCCAUGGUUUGCUCGACAGGGUGAUGGCCAUGUUGAAGAGUGCAUUUAUUGUCGGCGAAGAGGGACUUGAUAACCCGGACGUCAGCGGUUCGCGAUAUUGGAUUGAAGAACUAGAAGACCCUACCUACUUCCCAGGACACGCUGCAUCAAUACACGUCUGUAUUGGAGGCAAAGAACAUGUCAUCGGUACGUUCGGCAUUUUGCACCCUACUGUCCUUGAAAAGUUCGAGUUGAAAUAUCCUGUGAGCACGCUUGAAAUGAAUAUCGAGGUCUUUUUGUAAGACAUAGACGUAUUCGAUUUUUUGUGUUGAUGGAUAGUUUUAUGGAACGUGAAAAGAAUAGAUCGUUAGCUAGCGCUCUUGGGUUUUAUGAACUGAAUGCGAUGAUGAGAAAAAUAGAACAUUGCAUUAUUCCUG